CUGUGAGCAUGCGGACUAUCUCGCUACGAAAUGGCAGCUAGAAUUUUGUCUUCGCAAUUGAGAACGGUUCUGCUAUCUAAGGGAAUGUUACCCUCACGGCAGGUCGCUAUCGCUCGAGGAAUUUCUCAGCAAGCCGAGUUCUCUUUGAGCAAAAUCGAAGGUCAUAGAAUGGAAGAUGUGUUUACAUUUCCGGAAACUGCUGUCGCUACGCGAGACGAAAUGUUGUCGUACUACCGUGAAAUGACAAUUAUUAGACGCAUGGAGGACGCUUCAUUUGCUAUGUACCGGGACAAACUAAUUCGAGGAUUUCUUCAUCUCUACAACGGACAGGAAGCGUGUUGUGUUGGGAUGGAGGCUGCAAUUAGACCGGAUGAUCCCGUCAUUACAGCGUAUCGAGCCCAUGGUUGGGCAUACACCCGAGGAGUACCCGUGCAUGAGAUUUUGGCUGAACUUACAGGUCGUAUCGGUGGUUGUGCCAAAGGUAAGGGUGGGUCGAUGCACAUGUAUGCUCAGCAGUUCUACGGAGGUAAUGGUAUUGUAGGAGCCCAGGUGCCACUCGGUACUGGAAUUGCAUAUGCAAUAAAGUAUCGUAACGAAGAUAGACUAUGUGUCACUCUUUAUGGAGACGGAGCAGCUAAUCAAGGCCAGGUGUUUGAAGCCUUUAACAUGGCAAAGUUGUGGAGCCUUCCUGUGCUGUUUGUUGUGGAGAAUAACAAUUAUGGCAUGGGGACGAGUGCUGAUAGGGCGUCAGCUGUCACUGCAUACUACACAAGAGGCGACUUCAUUCCUGGUUUUAAGGUAGAUGGCAUGGAUGUGUUGACUGUAAGAGAAUCUACGAAACUGGCAGCUGAAUACUGUCGCUCGGGAAAGGGUCCCCUUCUAAUGGAGCUAGAUACGUAUCGUUAUUAUGGUCAUAGUAUGAGCGAUCCCGGCACAAGUUAUCGUGGAAGAGGAGAUGUCCAAGCUGUUAGAAAGGCACGAGAUCCCAUUAUGGCUUGCAAAGAGCGAAUACUGGAAAAAGACCUGGCAACAGAAGAUGAAUUAAAAGAUAUCGACAAGGAAAUUAGAAAGAUGGUUCAGGAGGCUUCUGACUUUGCUAUGAAAUCAGCUGACCCACCACUGGAUGAUCUCUAUAAGGAUAUCUACUACAAUGAGCCAAAAUUCAAAGUGCGAGGAGCAGAUGCCUACACCUAUGUUGACAGCAGUUCUCGAGAGAGCACUGGUUUGAAGAGCAAAACAGCAUAGACAGCAAUGUAUGUAGUCUCGAGCAUGGAUUAUGAAUUAUCGCCUAUAGAAUUGGCGGGUUGACUGGGUUUGAAAUUUGUAUUUUGCUGAGCACAUUUAUAGACAUCAAAAUAGACUGUCAGUAAUCA